AUGUCAUCUCCCAGAGCGAUAUCGAGCCCAGUGACGCCCAAGCCAAUUGAAGACCCUCCAACAGAUCUCGAAUCCAUCGCGCGCAUCGAUGCGUCUCUCGUCUUCGAACACUUCACCACCGACGAUGCAUGGGAGCUUGGCUCAGCGCUGCGCACGCGACUGCUGCCCAUCGCCACGCCCGUCGUGAUCAACAUCUCGCUCGCGAACCAGAACCAGCCGCUCUUCCACACCUGCACGCACUCCGGAGUGAUGCCGGAUAACGAUAGCUGGGUUGCGCGGAAAAGGAAGACGGUGUUGAGGUGGGGGUGCUCGACGUGGUAUAUGAAUUGCAAGUUCAAGGGCGAUGAGGUGGCGUUUAGGGAGAAGUAUGGGUUGGGGAAUAGUGCGGGGGAGUACGCUAUACAUGGUGGGGGGAUACCUAUACGUGUCACGGGCGUCGAGGGCGUUGUUGCGGUAGUUGUUGUCAGUGGACUGAAGCAACAUCAGGAUCAUGCUGUUGUUGUAGAGACCAUAAGGGAAUUGCAUAACUAG